GGCGCGCGCUGCGGUGUGGCUGCGCUGACGGAGCCGGCGCCCAGGGCCAGCCUGCAGUGGGGCGCCGCGGACCCGCUCGCGCAGGGCCGUGUCAGUCCCCGUGAAUGCCGGGCUGCAGGCUGCGGGAAGAGCCUCCGACUGCGCGCAUCGGGCUGUGUGAUCCGCCGAGACUACUGCCGGGGAAGACCGGGGAGCUGCAUCCGCGCCGCAACUGCUGUGACAACUUCGGGGCUGGCGGUGUACUCCUCCGGGUCCCGGGGACUCCGUUCUGCGGCGCAGCCACCGCUGCCGCUCGGCCGCCCUGAAGCCAGCCGGCAGGACUCCUCCGACGGCGUCCCCGGGGAGCGGGCCGAGGAGGGCUUGGCGGCGAGCAGAACCCGCGGCUGCUCAGCCUCUCCCGACUGCCGGUGCUGCGGGGUUCUCGGAGGGACCGUGCGCUUUCCGGGGGAGCAAUGCAAGUCUCCAUAGCCUGCACUGAGCACAAUUUGAAGAGUCGGAAUGGUGAGGACCGACUUCUGAGCAAGCAGAGCUCCACCGCCCCCAAUGUGGUGAGCGCGGCCCGGGCCAAAUUCCGCACGGUCGCUAUCAUCGCGCGCAGCCUGGGGACGUUCACCCCCCAGCAUCACAUUUCUCUGAAAGAGUCCACCGCAAAGCAGACUGGCAUGAAAUAUAGAAAUCUUGGAAAAUCAGGACUCAGAGUUUCUUGCUUGGGUCUUGGAACAUGGGUGACAUUUGGAGGUCAAAUUUCAGAUGAGGUUGCUGAGCGGCUGAUGACCAUCGCCUACGAAAGUGGCGUUAACCUGUUUGAUACUGCCGAGGUCUAUGCAGCUGGGAAGGCUGAGGUGAUUCUGGGGAGUAUCAUCAAGAAGAAAGGUUGGAGGAGAUCCAGUCUCGUCAUAACAACCAAGCUCUACUGGGGUGGAAAAGCUGAAACAGAAAGAGGGCUGUCAAGAAAGCAUAUUAUUGAAGGACUGAAGGGCUCCCUCCAGAGGCUGCAGCUGGAGUACGUGGAUGUGGUCUUUGCAAAUCGUCCAGACAGCAACACCCCCAUGGAAGAAAUUGUUCGAGCCAUGACACAUGUGAUAAACCAAGGCAUGGCGAUGUACUGGGGCACCUCAAGGUGGAGCGCUAUGGAGAUCAUGGAAGCCUAUUCGGUAGCAAGACAGUUCAAUAUGAUCCCACCUGUCUGUGAACAAGCUGAGUACCAUCUUUUCCAGAGAGAGAAGGUGGAGGUCCAGCUUCCAGAGCUCUACCAUAAAAUAGGGGUUGGCGCAAUGACAUGGUCUCCACUUGCCUGUGGAAUCAUCUCAGGAAAAUAUGGAAAUGGGGUGCCUGAAAGUUCCAGGGCUUCGCUGAAGUGCUACCAGUGGCUGAAGGAAAGGAUUGUAAGCGAGGAAGGAAGAAAACAGCAGAACAAGCUCAAAGACCUGUCUCCCAUCGCGGAGCGCCUCGGCUGCACACUACCUCAGCUGGCCGUUGCGUGGUGCCUGAGAAAUGAAGGCGUGAGCUCCGUGCUCCUGGGCUCAUCCACUCCUGAGCAACUCAUUGAAAACCUCGGUGCCAUUCAGGUUCUCCCAAAGAUGACAUCCCACGUGGUAAACGAGAUUGAUAACAUCCUACGCAACAAGCCCUACAGCAAAAAGGACUAUAGAUCCUAAGGCAGUGCAUGAGCCCCGGAAGCUGCAUGGGUAAAAUAGCAGUCUGCACCCAGUCCAACCGGUGUUACUAGCCACACUUUUCACUUAGCAGCCUGCUGCUCGACCUCUAGUGUCCCUGGAUUCUCUGGUGUCUGCUCUUGCUACCACUGUGCACCUGAGUUCUAAGCACAUCUGAAAACUCACACUGGAAAUCCGUUCUAUUUUCUUACCUUAGACUGGCGUCCCCUAUCCCUGCAUUGCUCUGUACACCUCAUGCUUAUGCAAUGGGAAAGAAUAUUGGGGGAAAGAUGCAUUACUUUCAGGUAUUUGUUACCGUAAAGAAGGCUGUACAGAUAUAUUUUUUCAAAAAGAACAAAACCCACAGAUGCAACAUAAAUGGCUAAGAGACAGAGGAGGAUACCCUCCUUCAGAAGUCUUGCUUGGGAGAAUAAGCCGUAACGAUUUUACAUUUUCUUAUUUCAUAUUCAUAUUAGCAAGUUUUAUUUCACUUGUCACUCAACGAAAGUUUCUAAGAAAAUGCUUUCAUUGCCUUUUAAGAAUUUACUGAUGCUUGGUCCCGUUCGCGGUAUUCAGAGUAUCUUUUCAGAUUCUAAUAAUGUUACGCUCAUUUACAUGUAGAGGUGAGGAGUGAGUGCUCUUCAGCUAGACACUGGAUAAUAUGCGACAGCGACGGUUACACUGACAUGGAAACUUAAGCUCUGAAUAAACUGUAUAUACAACUGAGUGUUUUUUUCCACAUUUUACUAAAACCUGCUUUACACUUUCAAGUUGUAAACAUAACUUGUGCAAGUUUAAAUAUUUGAGCUUUAAAAACACACAUGUUCAGUUUUGUAAGUAAACCUGUAAAAUACCCAGAAUGGCAAAUGUUCACUAUUUAACUACAACUGGGACUUUUGAAUAUAAUGUUUGGUGUAUCUGACGAGUAUUAACAUAAAAAUCAUAGGCUUUGUGAAAAACAUGCCACUACUCAGAAUAUGCUGAGUAUAUUAACUUUCCCAGUGAAAAGCAAAAUGUCCAAGAAGCUCCUGAUUCUAAUCAUAUCGUAUGUCCCACACUACGCGCAUGAGAGCUCUGAGCAUGGAUUAAAGAGGUUUAGCCUUGCUGCGCUCAGAAUCUGAGUAUAUCUAGCCCUUCCAUUUUUGGCUACUGAACUUCAUUCAUACCCCACUUGAGAAAAACUGGGAGAAUAUACUUCGUGUGGAUAUUUGUUAAAGAAAACAUGUCUUACUUCUUUCAGGGUUAAGAGUAGUUCUUUAAUUCUAUUUGGACAUCUGAGGAUAUGCAAAAGUCUAAUUUAAUUAUCUGGUCAGCAAGUUCCCUAUAGAGAAAUCACUUGAAAUAUUUACAGACGAAAUAUGUCAUCUUAAAGUGCUAUCUUAUCAUCACUUCCACAUAAUUACUUCAUGGUUAAAUUGCAAAUCGUAAAAUGUUAGAUACCAAUAAAUAUUUUUUGACCAUUAUUUGUAGUGUGAUAGGGAGUUUGGAUUUGUGCCUGGGAUUAUCAGAUUAGUGACGGAAAUGGGUUCUUUUUUCAGUUGUUCAUUGUGUAUUCAAUCCAGUGAACUACUGUAUGCAUAAAUGACCUAAGGCGCUACCUUCAUGGGAAAUGCAAUUUAACUUAUUUGCUUAGAGUAAUAAAAGCAUUGUGUGCAAUCUCA